CAGGAAGUGAAGGUUAUGAAAACAAAUGUUCUCGCACCUACUACACCCUGAUAACGACAAGCUGCACGCGCACAGGCGUUGGAGAGCUUCAUUGACUAACUUGAAUAGAGCACACAGUUGAGCAGCAGCAGCAGUCAUGUUGAAAGCUAUGUUCUCCAGUGGGUUACAGACUCCCAAGUUCACGGAAGGGGAGACAAAGGCACAAGACUAUGAGAUCCGCACCUAUCAUGCCACUAAGUGGAUGAGCACCUCUAUGAGUGGGAUGCAGUGGGACGCAACCGUGAGAACGUGCUUCGGCAAGCUGUUCAACUACAUUCAAGGCAAAAAUAAAAACAAGGCCAAAGUAGAAAUGACGGCCCCUGUGACGUGUCGUGUGGAACCUGGAGCCGGUCCUGCAUGUGAAUCUAAGUUCACUAUAUCCUUCUACAUCCCAGAGGAGCAUCAGGAAAAUCCACCAGAGCCGAGCGACUCAGAUGUGUUUGUGGAGCACAGGAAGGAGAUGACAGUUUAUGUCAGGACAUACGGGGGUUUCGCCAAGGAGAAGGCGAAGCGUGAGGAGCUCAAGAAACUUAUAGAGAGUCUGCAGAGGGACGGCGUCCCAUUUGUGGAUCAGCCGUUUUACACAGCUGGCUAUGACAGCCCCUUCAAGCUGACCAACCGCACGAACGAGGUCUGGAUCCUCAAGAAGGAAGAAGAACAAAAGUAGAGAGUUCAGUGGUCACGCAACACCCUGCCCACCACAAAAAGGGAAAAAAGUCACAUUUAAGAAAACAUU